AUGGAAAAUAAAUACAGCUAUCAAAAGCAUCAACAAAGCAUGACAUUGGAUGGAUUCGAAUCUUUAGGAGACUUUGCUACAAGUUUUAGAACCAAUGACCAUUCCUCCAGCAUCAGUUCAGUGGAUUCCAUUUUUGAUCCUUCUGCUACUUUAUUAGGUACCGAUGAAACUGGUGAUAGCAAUGAGUGUGAUUACCUUGCGGGCAAGUGGGACUUAAACAAUGACUUUCACAACUAUACAUUUGAAAACAACCACAACCACCAUCACAGUCACGUUGCAACGCUUUCAUCUACCACGUCAUCAAUAAAUUCCGAUCUUGCGUCCUUGGGAAUGGGCCACCCUGCAUCCAGUUUUGACAAGGGUAGUCCACUUGGUGGUGGUGAUAAUCUACUGGGAAGCCAUGAAUAUAUAGAGCCUGUUAGUCCUUUAGAAAUCACUAAACUUGAAAACGAAAAACCUCCUAUACUAGUCAGAAGGAAAUCGGUUGCACGGAAAAGAGUCAAAAAGCCCCUGAGUGUUGCGCAGAGAAAGGCACACAAUCAAAUCGAGAAGAAGUACAGAAUUAACAUCAAUUCGAAGAUUGCAAGCUUACAGAAAUUAGUCCCGUGGUUGUCCCAGGAUGGUGUGGCGUUUGAGAUUAAUACAAAUAACCUGAACAAAGCUUCUUCUCAAUCCAAUGACACAAGUUUCAAGAAGUUGAACAAAUCAGAGAUUCUCGAUAUGGUUACCGAGUAUAUUAUGCUCUUGCAAGAAGAGUGUAAGAAAAAAGAUGCGAUUAUUGAGCAGCUACAAAGUACAAACCGUUAA